GGUUGCAUCACGUGAAAGGGGAGUCAGGCCCAGCAGCAGCGGCACGACCGAGAGACUGAGACAUAGGCAGACACUGGACGCUGGGCUUGUCGGGACGAGCGACGGCAGGCUGGCUGGUUGGGCGGAAGCCACCCAGGACGAGUUCCAGUGGCUGCUGCUGGCUCUGCCUGUCUGGUCUGCUGCUCCCUGGAGAGAAUUGGGAGCAUCCAGGGAGUCCCAACUUUGAGAGACAGAUGGCUUUCUAGACUUCCAUAGCUAAAACUGAGCAGGCAGAUGCAGCCUGAUUGCCAAGCUGAGAGAGAGCCUGUGCAUACCGUAUGUAUGUGAAUAUACACAAACACAGUUCUGCAACCACACAGACUGACAGUUACAUACUUUAGAAAUUCUGUUUUUUUGGGUUUUUUUUAAUUGAUGGAAAUAUAAUUCAUGCAUCAGAUGGAGCAUCCUGACAGCACAAGGACCAAAAGCCCAUGGAAUACCAUUUGUUACUAGUGGUCAGCUUUCCAUUCAGUCUGAGGCAGGUGAAUAAGCUCUGCAAGACAUGUAAGAAGAAAGACUACUUUGACACAGAAUAAACUACACAAAUACCUCUAUGAAAUUAUAGCUGGAAAAAAAAACCCAGUCUGAGUGAAGAGGAGAUUGAUAUUGUUAUCUUCAAAGAGGAAUAAUGCACAAGUCUUGGUGCUUCUCUGCAUUAAACUCUGAAAAAUUCUGUUAAAUUGAAUAAACUUGCCUAUUAAAUAGUGACAAACUAAUUGUGUGGUAAUGACUGGAAGAAAGUGAAUUCAGCUGCAAUGGAACAGUUUUGACAGCUGAACUUUUACAAAUAUUGUCCUGUGUUGAGUUCUUCAACUGAAUUUGCUAAUUUUCAUUAUUCUUGGUUGUUCCUUGUAACAUGGUACAAAUACUAAUCAUUUGACGUAAUAAAUAUUACUCAAAGCAUUUGAAACACUUAAAAGGAGACAUAUUCUAGAGCUGCCAAUGUGGUGGUUUGAAUUAUGAGUCUGUGCUCUAAAGAAGCACCAGUAAGGAAGGAGCUUACAAAACAAGCAAGAGAGACAUCAAAGGAAAUAGUAGAAGGAUGGAGAAAUUGGAUUUUCUGUGCAGCUCCCCUGUCAAUUUUUAAUUGGCUAUUUUCCAUUCUUUCUUGAAUCCUACAAGAUCUGCAAAUAAUUGCUUACUUGAUGUGUGUUUAGGUCUGGCAUUUGUUUUUACAAGAGGAUGAAAAGGGAGUUUCAGUGGAAUAAAGGGAGAAGUCAAAGGUGUGAAACAGGCCAAUGUUUUGGAGGAGACUUCAUUGUUCACCUCAGGUGAACAUACCUGCUUUAAAGGCUUAAAAGCUUUUGAACAAUUUUUUAAAAUACUAUUAAAUGAAAAGGGGCUUUUGUGUUCAUGAGCAGCAACAAACGAUAAGAAAGCAGCCAGGUGAUAAACUGAACCUCCAAUGGAAAUGAUGGGGAAGCCACCAGCUGCAAAUGAACUGGGAUUACCUUUGGAUUGCAAAAACCUUGGGGUUGAACAGUAAGCUGUGGAGUUUGGAGAAGGUUUUCCCAUCUGUUCUGGCACGUUGUUAACUGCACAAAGCUCUGGUCUGUGGUCUCACACAGUCUGUGUGCCUUUUUCCCUUUAUGCAAUCUAUUUCAGCUUUAGCAGCAGAAAUUCGUCUGGUGGGGAAGAUAUGCCAGAGGGCAGCUUUGGGGAAAGAUGCAUGAAUGUCCUAUAUGUGUAUGUGUGAAAAUCCAACUGGAGGAAAUCUUUUUAAAGCCUUAAGUUACUUGAAACCUACACAUCUGCAAACUUUUGUCUCUGGAAUUGCAUAAUGCUAUACUGGAAAUCUCAGGCUGUACGACGACUAUAUCAAAUUGAGCAAAAAGUCAGCUCACCAUUUAUUUGAACGCCUCUUCUGAAGUAGCGAUUUCUCCAAAGGAUAAAUGUACCCUCACUCUACUGACACUCAGUCAAAAUGAACCUGAUUUGUUUUGGUUUUUUUUAAUUAUUACAUUUUCUUAGCCAACUGUCAUCAUCUUUUAUAGAGAAAUUUUUCACUAUGCAUUUGGUGGAUAUUUAUAAAAGCUGACCUUCUCUCCCCUUCCUCAUAUUCUGAUCUGUCUAAACGUUUGGUCUUAUCAAUAAAACAAAACACUGAUUUACAUUUUCUGCACUAGACAGUACUUUCUUAUGUCAAAAGGGAAAAAUACAGCAAAGCAUGUAUGCAGCAGUGGAGCAUGGGCCUGUUCUCUGCAGCGAUUCCAACAUCCUCUGCCUCUCUUGGAAAGGCAGGGUUCCUAAAAGUGAAAAGGAGAAACCUGUGUGCCGGAGGCGAUAUUAUGAGGAAGGCUGGCUGGCAACAGGCAAUGGCAGGGGAGUUGUAGGGGUUACCUUCACCUCCAGCCACUGUAGAAGAGACAGGAACACCCCCCAGAGAAUCAACUUUAAUUUAAGGGGCCACAACAGUGAGGUUGUGCUUGUAAGAUGGAAUGAACCAUUCCAGAAGUUGGCGACCUGUGAUGCAGAUGGUGGAAUAUUUGUUUGGAUUCAGUAUGAAGGGAGAUGGUCAGUGGAGCUUGUUAAUGACCGUGGUGCACAGGUGAGUGACUUCACAUGGAGCCAUGAUGGAACUCAAGCACUUAUCUCAUAUAGAGAUGGAUUUGUGCUAGUUGGAUCAGUCAGUGGACAGAGACACUGGUCUUCAGAAAUUAACUUGGAAAGUCAGAUCACCUGUGGCAUAUGGACUCCAGAUGAUCAACAGGUCCUAUUUGGCACUGCUGAUGGUCAGGUUAUUGUCAUGGAUUGUCAUGGACGAAUGCUGGCACAUGUUCUUCUCCACGAAUCUGAUGGCAUCCUUAGUAUGUCUUGGAACUACCCAAGCUUCUUGGUGGAAGACAGCAGUGAAAGUGACACUGAUUCAGAUGAUUAUUCUCCACCACAAGAUGGCCCAGCUGCAUAUCCAGUCCUAGUGCAGAACACCAAACCGCUACUCACUGUCAGCUUCACGUCAGGGGAUAUUAGUUUAAUGAACAACUACGAUGACUUGUCUCCUACCAUCAUCCGCUCAGGGUUGAAAGAUGUAGUGGCCCAGUGGUGCACACAGGGAGACUUGUUGGCUGUGGCAGGCAUGGAAAAACUAAGCCAACUAGCUGAACUUAGCGGUGCUUCCUUUCUGAAAAGUGCACUGGUCAAGUUCUACAAUGUUCAUGGAGAACAUAUCUACACCCUGGAGACACCUGUGCAGCGCCCCAUAAUCUCAAUCUGCUGGGGGCACAGGGACUCACGUCUGCUCAUGGCUUCUGGUCCUGCACUAUAUGUUGUCAGAGUGGAGCACAGAGUUUCCAGUUUACAGCUUCUGUGCCAGCAAGCCAUUGCUAGCUCCUUGAGGGAUGACAAAGAUAUAAGUAAACUGACCCUGCCUCCCCGACUCUGUUCAUACCUCACCACUGCCUUUACACCAACAAUCAAGCCUCCUAUCCCAGACCCCAAUAACAUGAGAGAUUUUGUUAGCUACCCAACAUCCGGUAAUGAAAGGCUUCACUGCACAAUGAAGAGGACAGAAGAUGAUCCAGAGGUUGGAGGGCCAUGCUAUACACUGUAUUUGGAGUACUUGGGGGGUUUGGUGCCUAUUUUGAAAGGACGCCGAAUUAGCAAACUACGUCCUGAGUUUGUCAUCAUGGAUCCUAAGACAGAUGGAAAAGCAGAUGAAAUCUAUGGAAAUAGUUUGAUUUCCACCGUGAUUGACAGCUGCAACUGCUCUGAUUCCAGCGAUAUUGAACUGAGUGAUGACUGGGCUGCGAAAAAGUCUCCCAAAAUCACUAGAGCUAGCAAAUCACCCAAACUUCCCAGAAUUAAUAUAGAAGCUCGCAAAUCUCCCAAAUUGUCACGAGCUGCUCAAGAGAUAUCAAGAUCUCCCAGGUUACCGAUAAGGAAGCCUUCCAUAGGUUCACCAAGUUUAACUCGUAGAGAGUUGCCUUUGGAAGAUAUCACUCAGCACAAUUACCUUGCUCAGGUCACAUCAAAUAUCUGGGGAACCAAAUUCAAAAUUGUGGGCUUGGCUGCUUUCCUGCCAACAAAUCUUGGCGCAGUCAUCUAUAAAACUAGCUUGCUGCAUCUCCAACCCAGGCAGAUGACUAUAUAUCUUCCAGAAGUACGGAAGAUUUCUAUGGACUAUAUAAAUCUGCCUGUUUUCAACCCCAAUGUUUUCAGUGAAGAUGAAGAUGAUCUUCCAGUGACUGGAGCGUCUGGAGUUCCUGAGAACAACCCACCUUGCACCGUAAACAUCCCAAUUGCUCCUAUUCACAGUUCUGCGCAAGCAAUGUCACCAACUCAGAGCAUAGGGUUGGUUCAGUCUUUGUUGGCCAAUCAGAAUGUGCAGUUGGAUGUCCUUGCCAAUCAGACAACAGCAGUGGCAGCCGCAGAGCAUACAACAGAUAAUGCAGUCCAUUAUCCAAUUCCAAGCAGAUACUCCAACCCAGGCCAAGUCAUCUUUGGAGGAGUAGAAAUGGGGCGUAUCAUUCAGGCACCCCCACAGUUAUCCCUGCCACCUCAGGGUGCCAUUCAGAUGGCAAUAGUGGAUCACAGAGAUGGGGACAGAGAACAUGAACACCUUCAGAAAGCAAAAACAUUGAGACCAGUUCCACAGGUGUCUGAAGGAGAAGCUGCCAUCUUCAGCACUGCUCAAGAAAUUCAGAUGAACAAAAUGAAUCCACCCCCACCAUACCCUGGAACCAUACCAGCAGCUCCUACCACAGCACCUCCUCCUCCUCCUAUACCCCCACAGCCUCCCAUAGACCUCUGUUUGAAAAAGGGAGAUUUCCCCCUUUAUUCAGCUGGGCAUUAUCAACCCCCUCUUGGAUAUGAGAGAAUAACUACUUUUGAUAGCAGUGGGAAUGUUGAAGAGGUGUGCCGACCUCGGACACGGAUACUGUGUGCUCAGAACUCAUAUACCCUGCAAGGGCCUGGUAGUUCUGCCACUUUAAGGAUAACUUCAUCAGAGAAGAAGAUUCAGCAGCCCUGUACCAGUGCUACGCUGAACAGGCUCACAGUUCCACGCUACUCCAUCCCAACAGGGGAUCCACCACCUUAUCCAGAAAUUGCAGCCCAGCUAGCUCAAGGCCGUGGCAUCACACAGAGGUUGGACAACAGCAUCAUCCAUGCUACUCUGCGGAGGAACAGCAGAGAGGCAGCACUGAAGAUGGCUCAGCUGGUUGACAACCAAAGAGCCACUCUACAGCUCCCACCAAAACUGAAAAGCAAUGUUGUGGCAGCCCAGUACCAGCAGCGGGUGCCAACAGCACUCUACACCUGCAGUCAGUGCAGCAACAGCAGCAGUGCUGGCGGCAGCAGCAGCAGCACGAAUACUGGAAGUGGGAAUAUUAGUAGUGCCAACACUAACAGCAGCGCCUCCACCAUCAGCAGCUUGAGGCCGGACAUAGCAACAGGAAGCAGCUCUCAGCAUAGCUCUGUCAUUGCACACUCAGUCAGCACUUCGCCUUUGGCCUCUCAGUCCUCUUACAAUUUGCUGAGCCCACCUGACAACUCUCGUGAACGGACAGAUUAUGUAAACUCUGCCUUCAUGGAGGAUGAGACUCUUUCUCAGCACUGCCCUGUAGAGAAAUCAAUACGCCACAUCCCUAUAGCCAUGGCAGAGCCAGGUAUUGGAGUAAAAAGACCACCCCCCUACCAAUGGGAACCUAUGAUGACUGAGGAAAUAUGGGUUCCUCAGGAAAGGACAGCUCAGAGUACUUUGUCUAACCCUGUUAAACCGGCCCCUCUAGUCAUUGGUCAAACUCAGCACCUGGAUAUAUCACGAGCGCCCUUUGUUUCACCCAAGUCUCCAACCAGUCCCACUGCCACUUUCCAGAUGAGUUAUGGGGUUGGAGCAUCAUACGCGGGGAGUUACAGUAUUCCUCCUCCACCCCCUCCUCUCCAAGGAAUGCAGGUCCCCUGUUCUCCCAAAGAAGCUCUGGCCCCAACCCAGAUUGCACAACAGGAGCCAACAGUUGUGCUUCAGCCAGGUUAUUCUUCUAAUCUGACUUAUUGCUCCUUGCCCCCCAUGUACCCUGGAAAUAGCACUUGCUCGAGUUUACAGCUGCCACCAAUGGCCUUGCAUCCAUGGAAUUCCUACAGCACAUGCCCACCUGCUGCACAGAGUACCCAAGGCACUCUGCCCCCCAAGUCACUAAUGGUGGUGGAGAAACCUGUGAUGUCCCCACCACCCACAGAGACUCAAGGUCAUGUGGGUACGGAUGUAAUGGUGGAAACCACAGACAACUUCCAAGAAGUACUUUCCCUGACAGAAAGCCCUGUUCCUCAGCGGACAGACAAAUUUGGGAAGAAGAAUCGAAAGCGCUUAGAUAGCCGAGCAGAUGAAGGAAACAUGCAGGCUAUCACAGAGGGUAAAGUCAAAAAAGAGGCAAGGACAACACUGACUGACUUCAACACACUGAUAUCUAGCCCUAGACUGGGCAGGGAGAAGAAGAAAGUCAAAAGUCAGAAAGACCAGCUGAAGUCAAAAAAAUUGAACAAGAUGAAUGAGUUUCAGGACAGCUCAGAGAGUGAGCCUGAGCUAUUUAUUAGUGGGGAUGAACUGAUGAACCAGAGCCAGGGCAGUAAAAAGGGGUGGAAAACCAAAAGGAAUUUGAGGACAGCCAGUGAACUGGAUGAAUUCAAAUGCCGGAAAGCAAAUGAAAAAGAGGAUGGACGGCUAGGAAACCAAGGCUUUGUGUAUGUGAUGGCCAAUAAGCAGCCCUUGUGGAAUGAGGCAACUCAAGUCUAUCAGCUGGACUUUGGAGGGCGUGUGACUCAAGAGUCUGCAAAAAACUUUCAGAUUGAGCUGGAAGGAAGACAGGUCAUGCAGUUUGGGAGGAUUGAUGGAAAUGCUUACAUUUUGGACUUUCAGUAUCCAUUUUCAGCGGUGCAGGCCUUUGCAGUAGCUCUGGCUAAUGUGACUCAGCGCCUGAAAUGAAAACAGUGGACCACAGAGAGGAAGAAGUUAAAAUCCUUCUCUUAAGGGCCAAUCCAGGAAGUGUUGGGGAGGCCUGUUAGAGCUGUGCAAAGGAUUCCGGGAGUGAAGAAGGAACUGCAGCUGGAACAGCCUCUGCAUGCCCAAAGAAGGGCAUCAACUUUAAACAUUGUUGGGGGUGGGAUAGGGGCUCUUUGGUAUGGGAAUUGUUUUCUUUGAAUCCACAUUGUGCUGGUUUUUCAGAGCGAGCAAAGGAUGAGAGCUAUUCAGUGUUAUGUUGGGAAAUGUGGCUUUUGGCUUGUUGUGAUGGUUCUUCUGUGUUUGCCGCAAAAAAAAAUAGCUGAUGUAAGCUGAUAGGGGGACUUAAAAGACUGACCUUUUACUUUCUUUUUGUUCUUUUAUAGACUGCCUUAUAACAUGCUGUUCUUUUUAAAGCAGGGACCGUAACUUUUUUUCCUGGACCACUUUGUACUAUUACAUCAACAAAUAGCAGCAAAAAAAGAACAAAAAUGCUAAAAUAUACUUGAAGACACACAUUUCUUCUCUGUUAGCACUGUAGGCACCAUGGAGUUUUUUUUUUCAGAGGUCCAUACUUAAUUUCUAAAAUAUUGUUCAGAAUUAAAAUUAAAUUGUUACUUUUGGAGUGAUUUGCAAAUAACACUGUGUUGAAGAGGUUAAGUUUAUCCCCCCCCCUUGUUGACUAUGACCUCAGUUAUGUCUGUACCCUAUAGAGAAAAAUGUGUGAGGAGAAGGAAACGAUGAAGUAUUCUGAUAUACACUUAUUGACUUAAAAUAUUUGUACUAAUUUGAGUACAAAUUUUUGGUGUACAUAGAUGUGACCUGGUGUGGUGCUUUUGCAAGAGGUACAUCUGCUGCUCCUCACUAAAUGAUGUUUACAUCUGUAUAAAUAAAAAUGUACCCACUGAGCGUUUCAAGAA